GCUGUGAGAGCAAAUAUUAUUCCUUCUGAGAUUGUUGAAUGUGUCAUGGGCAGAGUUGACACUAUUAUGGCUAAAGGUACCCUUGAUUGUGGAUCGGUUUCUCAACAGUUGGCAUUUUACAUCCUUGGGAGCACACUCUUUGGGGAUGCAUUUUUGGAUUGGCCUAAAGCUAGCAUUUAUGAGAAGCUCCUUAUAACAAUUUCUAAAGAUGGUUGCUUCUGGGCCUCUUAUACAAUCCCUCCUUUCUGGAGUAGAGAAUACUGGAAGUACAAGCACAUGUGCAAGAGGUUAAAGCACUUAACCCAAGACAUUAUUCAGCAUUGUGUGGAAAAAUAUGACUUGUUAAGCAAAAUUGGUCACAGUUCUUACAAAGAUAACAAGGAUAUUGAAGAUGAAGCCAGGUUCAAUGAUUCUGUUCUGCCUGAUAAUAUGCCUUCAGGUGUUCUCCUCCAGGAAGAGAUGGCAGAGUAUCUCAAUUCCAAAGAAGAACUAUGUGGGAACAUAUUGGGCCUGAUGUUUCAUGGAUGUCUAGCUACUUCUAGCUUGAUUAGUAGCAUUCUGACAAGGCUUGCUUUACAUCCUGAAUUGCAGCAGAAGUUAUAUGCAGAGAUCCUUGCAGUUCAGGAGAAAACCUGCAAGUUGGACUCUGAUGAUGUACAAAAGAUGAAUUUACUUAUGGCUACAGUCUACGAAUCAGCUCGGUUAUUGCCAGCUGGACCUUUGCUUCAAAGAUGCUCUCUUGAACAUGAUAUUUAUCUUUGUUCUGGCGUAAAUGUACCAGCAGGAGCAAUUAUGGUUGUUCCUUUACAGUUGGUGCAGAUGGAUAGCUAUAUCAGGGGCAAGGAUGCCGGUCGUUUUAAUCCAUUGCGCUUCUUGUCGGAGGCCACAGACCAUAUAGGUACUGCUGCCAUAGCAUAAUUGGAUUUCUUUUAUGCUCCUUGUGAACUUUCUUG